AUGAGGGAAGGUAGAGGGGGUCCCGUGCCCGGUGGAGUUUUGGACACAGUGGGAAGGAGAAGGAGGUCCCGGGCUCUGGCGAAGCCUGGGACACGGGGGGCGGUUUCGGGUUCGGGCUUGGGCGGAGCCUGGGACACGGAGGAGCCUGGGACACAGGGGGCGGUUUCGGGCUCGGGCGUUGCCCGGGAUAUGUGGGAAGAGUCGGUCCCGGGCUGGGGCAGGGGAUCCCUAGCCUGGGCAAGGGGGCGGUCCUUUGCUCAGGCAGAGCCUGGGAUAGGGGAGUGGGGGGGUCCCGGGCGCGGGCGGAGCCUAGGGGGCGGGGGGGCGGGGGAGUGGGCUCGGGCAGAGCCUGGGAUACGGGGAGCGGUUUCGGGCUCGGGCGUUGCCCGGGAUAUAUGGGAAAGAGGUGGUCCCGGGCGUGUGAGGGGGUGCGAGGGAGUGGGCUUAGGCGGAGCCUGGGACACGGGGGGCGGUUCCCGGCUCAAGCGUUGCCCGGGAUAUGUGGGAAGGAGGCGGUCCCGGGCUGGGGCAGGGGAUCCCUAG